AUGCUUCCUCACUUGCUUAUCCUGCUCCUUCUACCAAUCGUGGUGACUCCAGCGGCUGUGAUUGUAUGGUACCCCGUUUUGGCGGCCGGGGGUCUGAACCCUGCCACACAGCUGGCGGAGAUGCAAUCGCUUUGGAAUGGAGCCUGCACAGCCCUUUCAGGGGCAGGCGAGCUGAAGAACGAUGGCUCAGGCUACUUCGUAUGCCGUUGCACAGGACCUCCUGGGGACGACCGUGCCAUUAGUGCCAAGGCACAGCUCGAUUACAACGGUCACAAAGGCUGGAAGCUCGGAAACCCCUGA